UAAUUCAUGAUGGGAUUCAUUGGUGAUAUUUUGAUACAUCUAUAGACUUAACUUAGUUGAAAAAGAUUUGGUGGUUGUUUUUGUUGUAGUUUCUUGUUGGGGUUGAAUGGUUUAUUAAGGUGCAUUUUAUUUGUUGUUGGCAAACACAGUUUUGAGUUGCAGAAGGCAUAAUGUCUGAUGAUAUGCUUGUGCAUUUCUCUUCCAAUUCCUCCAACCAAUCUGACCAGUCCCUUCCAACGAAGAUUGCGAAGCUGGAAGCUCGAAUGGUGGGCAAGGCUUCCUCCACCGCUGCUCAGCAGCCAGGUUGGUCCUCUGUCCCUUCAACUAGGAAAUUUGGAGGAGUUGCUGAGGAUUUAGCUGAGGCAUGUAGUUCCAGUGAUUCUGAUGAUGAUAAUGGUGAAGAAUUCUUAAUACAAGCCAACACGCAGAAGUGGCUAAAACUUCAAGAAGAUGACAACUCUAAUGUUUUUGAACAUCUCGAGGUUAUGACUGAUGGAAGACAAACUAGUUCAGAGCCCGCCGAGAUAAAAAUAAGUAACGAUGUGAAUAGAAAGAAACAUGGCUGUGGACGAGGCAAUUCUGGUUCAGGAAGGGAACAAAAAUACCUCCUCCAACUGCUUUGA